AUGGCGGUAUUCAAGACGCUGCUAUCAUGGGUCACAUUCACUACAGUCUCCUGCGUUAUUUUUUUCGCAUAUAUGUCCAUCGUUGGCCAUAAUAUAUACCGGAUCAUGUACCCGGCUUUUCCAGAGUCUUCAAACACUCUAGACCCAUUGUGGGAAGAGGGUCAGCUACUGGGCGUAAACUUUUACUUAUCUGAUCGCAUCGAAUUGGACGCGACCGAAAAUUUUUAUGCUAAUGCGGUUCCAGUUGGAGGCUUCGAGUCGCUCACAUUUGACUGGGAAAGUUCCAACUUUAGACGCUUGGAUGUCAAUGUAUCUCGGCAAACAUUGAUAGAAAUGGCGGGUGACUCGAAAAAAGCGGACAAUAUUUGGAAUGCCCUUAAAGGGAAUGCAUCAGUGUUUCUACAGGUCCACGUUAGGCAAGCUCCAUUCUCGUCCAACCCGAAGGACCAGAAUCACAUCAAGUAUAGAAGUAUCUACAAAUCUUCAAACCUUAUCAAAUAUGCAACGAGUCCCAAUGCUAAAAAUUCUCGAUUAUUGUUGGCCCCUGUACAAGUGACUUCAUCAUCAAAUGUGCAAGAGAAAGCAGCAGUUACAUCCUAUUGGAAGACCGCAGUGGAUGUACAACUCGUGACAGAUUUCACGCGUUUUCCGAUCGACGGAUUGCCUCUGUUAGUUUAUAACAAUUUGAACUAUAUCCAACACCCAGAGGACAAUCGAUGGCGUUAUUUGCCGGCGCUUUCUAUAAACGAUAUGCCGCUGGCGCAACAUGAACUCGUGCCCUUAAACUCGACAUUAGACGAUGGCAGUAGUGGCGAAGUUAUUCUCCCACUGCGAUUGUCGUGGUCACCGCUGUCUUAUGCGCGCUGGCAGAUGCAGCUGACUUUUGCAUCUGCAUUUGUUUCGCAGGAAAAAAUGGGUGUGCCGUCGAGCGAUUUAGAUGCUUUACGCUCCAUGGUGACCGAUACUCAUCCGAUUCUUUUGACAAUCACAAUGAGCGUGGCACUCCUUCACAUACUUUUUGAUUGGCUAGCUUUUCGACAUGAUGUGAGCUACUGGCGUGCCAAAGGAGAUAACGUUGUGGGUGUCUCGCUUCGUGCCAUGGUUGCUGAAUUGGGUUCUCAAAUUGUUGUAUUGCUUUAUCUUAUCGAUCAAGACUCGACGCUGCUUGUCACAGGACCACAGUGCCUUAGCGUUGUGCUACUGAUCUGGAAAGUUACCAAGGUCCAACGUGCUCAGCGGCGGCUUCACAGUAAUCGGAAGGCAUCAGCUGAAGGAAUCGUUGACAAAAAUUUUACAAUGGAUGAACAUACCUUGCGUUUGUUAGAGGAGACGCAGCGCGCUGACUCGUUGGCUACGUCGCACAUGCUGUUCGUACUGACGCCUCUGGCUGCAGGAUAUGCCAUGUAUUCAUUGAUAUAUGUACCGCAUGCUGGCUGGUACACCUGGUUUCUUGAGUCCCUUACCACCACAGUGUACGCUUUGGGCUUCGUGUUCAUGCUUCCACAACUGGUCAUAAAUUAUCGGCUCAAAUCAGUAGCACAUCUUCAAUGGCGAUUGCUCAUCUAUCGCGCGCUAAACACAUUCAUUGACGACUUGUUCGCAUUUGUGAUCAAAAUGCCGACGCUACACCGAAUAUCGUGCUUUCGAGACGACAUUGUUUUUAUUGUGUAUCUAUACCAGCGGUGGAUUUAUCCAGUAGAUCUACAGCGACUGGAGGAUGAAGCUGAUGGAACUCCUGUACCAGUUGACCUUUCAAGCAAACCUCAUGGUGAAUAA